AUGACAACCUCACAUUCGGCUUCUUCCUCUGCGGCCACCGAACAGCUACCCAUCUCUCAGGCGGAAAACUCACCGAUAUCUCCCUCCCUCAAAUUCGUCGUCUCUAACCUCAAAACUCUUGUCCCAAAUCAACUUUCAACCGACAACUACCCGAUCUGGCGCCAUCAGAUCCUCAAGCUGCUUCGCGCAAAUGACUUCGAGCAAUUUCUUGCUCCGCCCACUCACUCCGGCGACUCGUCCGAUCCGUCGACAGUCGUUCUAAUCAAUAACUGGCGCAUUACCGAUCUAAACCUUCAGGCGGCACUCUGCUCAACGAUUUCUCCGACCGCGACCAGUCGUUCUAAAGUAAUUCAGCUCAAGAAUGAGCUUCACCAUGUCUCUAUGAAAAAUCUUUCAAUGAUCCAAUACCUGACCGAGAUCAAGAAGUUAGUCGAUCAAAUCGCCUCCGCCGGAUCUACGAUCGACUCGGAGGACAUCAUCUUGUAUAUCUUGAAUGGGUUAACUCCAGCUUACCAGUCAUUCAAGACUUACAUCCGAAAUUCUCCCUCACCCAUUCGGCUUGAAAAUCUUUACGCAAUGCUAAUCAGGAAGGAAAUUCACGUCAACGCAAACGCAGCUCGCCUUUCCACUGAUACGCUGUAG